CUCGCAGGAGGUAACAGCUGUGAGCGCGAAACAUCACUCACUCUUUUAUCUGUCCCUAUAGUUAUUUUUUUUAUUACUGAAUAUUUAGGCCAAAGGAAUACGCACAUACGGAUUACUCAAAUUAGAAGUCGUGGCUGUACCAGUGAAUACUAAAUAGCAGCGAGUGAUAGUGAGUUACGAAAUAACUACCAAGUUAUCGAUUUUCUGUUCGAAAUUGCGAAAGCAUCGGUGCUUAGUUCGACGCUGUGUUCGAUGGAGCUGGUUUUGUAAGGUUUCAAAAAGUGGUAUAGGUGUUGUGAGGUCUGCAAAACAGCUACAAGAAAUCGAUAAACGCGUAAAACUCUGUCAGUUAGCCUCUCGUUGCGUGGUGUGAAUGUGAAAGAGAUAGCCAUAGGUGGUGUUCUCUACUGUUACACAGCUCAAACGAUUUUCAGCGAUAAAAAAUAAAUAGUGAUACUAACGUCCCGUUUUUGAUCUGCUACAUAGAAGACUGAAAAAAGAUGGCUGGUGGCGGCGAUCCAAAAUGGCAAAAGGAUGCGGCGGACCAAAACUUCGACUACAUGUUCAAGCUCCUCAUUAUAGGAAACAGUUCUGUAGGAAAGACUAGUUUCCUUUUCCGAUACGCGGACGACUCGUUCACGUCGGCCUUCGUCUCCACCGUGGGUAUCGACUUCAAGGUGAAGACAGUCUUUCGUCACGACAAACGCGUGAAGCUUCAGAUAUGGGAUACCGCCGGCCAGGAGCGCUACCGGACCAUCACAACUGCUUACUAUCGGGGGGCGAUGGGCUUCAUCUUAAUGUACGACAUCACCAACGAGGAAAGCUUCAACAGUGUCCAGGAUUGGGUGACACAGAUCAAGACGUACUCCUGGGACAACGCGCAGGUGAUCCUGGUGGGCAACAAGUGUGACAUGGAGGAGGAACGCGUGGUCAGCCAAGAGCGCGGGAGGCAGCUGGCUGAGCAACUUGGAGUCGAGUUCUAUGAGACCAGCGCUAAAGAGAACAUCAAUGUUAAGGCUGUAUUCGAGCGGCUGGUGGACAUCAUUUGCGACAAGAUGUCAGAAAGUCUGGACUCCGAACCAGCAAUGCUGGCAGGCGGAGCGCGCGGGCAACGCCUCACAGAGCAGCCGCAAGGAAAUAGCAGCCCUAACUGCAACUGUUAAUAAGGUUCAAAUUUCCCAGACAAGAAAACGGUCUUUUAAUAUUUAUUUCCGUACUUACUUCUUUAUUUUCUGAAAAUUUUUCGAUGACGAUUAUGAAGUCUCUUUUAAUGGAAUGGGACUGAACUGCAUUUUUGUUACUUAGCAAUAAGUUUGUACGUUUUUAAGUAUUACCUACACUUGCUUUAUAAAGAUACCUAAGCGUAGACUCAAUUCCCUAUCAUUUUGAUGUUCCUUGACUUAGAUAUUAUUUCUGAUGCAGUUCAGAGAAAUUUAUUUAAUCAUUAGAAUUUAUAGUUUACUAAACUAUAAAAUAACGGUAUAGUUAUUUAUGUUAAUCGUUACGAUGUCAAGCAUAAAAUAAUUUAAGAAAAAAUUGAACGUUGUUAAACUUGUGUAACAAUAAAUGGAAAUUAUGUAUUAGUACUAUUCUAUAUAGGUGUUAGAUAGCUAUGUCUAUGUAUAUUGCGAGCUGGAGUAGGGAUCUGAUAUGUACUUCUAAUAGUUGUUAAUAUUUUUAUCUUUAUUAUAACGUAUGAUGAGAUCAUGGUUUAGUUUCGUUUGCUUACAGUUUCAUUACGGCCUUUUUUUUCAAUAUUUAUUAGAGUCAUGAUUAGUAUAUUUUGAAGACAACGAUUUAAUUUAAAUUAGUAACAUGUAGAAAUUUUAGCGUCUAGUUUCUUUGGAAAAUUCAUUCUUAUUUCCAUGCAUUUUCUUAUCGAUUGGUCUUUUACAAUGUUUUUUAUCUCCAUUGCGAUUCGGACCAAUAUUAGUCUCCGCAAUAACCAAUUUCAUGGCGCAAGUAGUAAAUACAUAACGUUUAGCAAUUUACUGGUUUUCUUCUUUUAUUUUAUUAGCAUCAUUAUUCGACUUUCGAUUAGUAUUAUGACGAUUUGUUGCUUCUUAAAUAAGGUAGUUAAUCGAUUGUUAUACUUUGGCGUAUUCUAUGUGUACCUUGGAGUUAUUAACGUUAUAUUCAGUGUUUGUAAAAUUGCAUGCAUUGGUAAGUACCUACCUAUAUUAACGCUUAACGACUUGGCCUGCAAACUAAUGUUCUAACGGGUACAGUAAAUGACCCGAAAUGUUUGUAAAUACGUUUACGUGUGUAUAAAAUUAAAUAAACAAUUGUAUAGUAUUAUAUCUACCUACAUAUAAAUCAGUUUGUAUUCUUGUUACCUACUACGCUAUGUUAAAUCUAACGAUAGGUGUUGUCUAACCGCAGUCGUUAGGAUAAGUAAAAUUAUACUAUUGUAACUAAAAUUUAAUUUGAGCAUCAUCUCAGUACGUAUUAUUGAGUAAAAUUAUAUUCUACGUGUACCCUGUAUGGGAUCACUAGAACUAUUAUCUGUAGAAGACAUAGACAAUACAAUUUAUAUCAAAUUCUGUUGAGACAUGAGCACAUUAUUUUUUUAGAAACUAAUUAUUAGGAAAAUUAGUUAAGACAUGUGUUGGCAUCUUACGGAUGGGACAUUCAAAAUAAAUACGUACGCUCUCAUAAAUAUAUUGUCAUUCUCACGUCUUUUGUGAUGUCGCUUCAUAUAGAUAUUUACAAGUACCUAAAGAAGUUAACAAGUUUAUGAAGAAUACUUAUGACGCCAAAUUUAUAAAUACAGAAUAUAAAAAUUAUUGAAUAUACUAAAUAUUUAAAAUAUUGGCAUUAUGGAUAUGUAGCCGAAAUUAAUUCUGUUUGUAUGCUAUGAAAUGUUGAGCCGGUUUAAAUUUAAAGUUUUAGUACUUCAAGAUAUGAGUCGUUGGACUUCUUUAAAUGUCAAUUUGACGAAAUCAAUUAAAUAGCGUGGACACAACGUCACCAGGAAGGGAAUGAUGACGAUCUUAUAAUCAUUAAAUCAGCCUUAUUUAUUUCAGGAUUUCCUCUUGCAGCUCCAAAAUAACUCAAAGUCUAAAACUUGUAACUUAUAAAAAUCUAAGAAAAAAGGCCUAUAUUUGUCUCAUGAUUAUCACAAAGAGACACUCAGGCUGGGUUACACCACCUAACUUUGACCGUAACUAUGAAGAUAACCAAAGUUUUUUGUAUGGAUUCUAACAGAGUUUUGACGUUACCACUACUUACUUAUUUUUGACAAACGUCAAAAAUCUAUCAAAUUCCGUAUAAUGAACACCGGUUUUCGUUAAAGUUACGGUUAAGGUUAGAUGGUGCAACUCAGCCUUAGCAAAACAUUGUGUUGGUGUGUGUGAUUUCUUGCCAGUAUUAAUAAAUGUUAGUUUAAGUGAGAUGAAACAUACUUACCUAUAUCUAAAAAGCACAUAAUUAUUAUUCAACAGUCAAAAUACCAAAAGAUUCUUCAGGUGGGAUAAAGUAAGUGCUGAAAAAACAAUAGAAAAACAAGCAUUACUUUAUUAAUGAUAUAAGAUCGUGGGCUCCGUCUAAUAUAAAAUCUAUACAGAAGUUGUAAUAUAGCGUAUUAGCAGUGUUUGUGGGUCCCAUAGAAGGGCAUGAAAGAAGCAUAUCGUAGUGACGGGCUUUAGGUAGAGUGUUGUUUAGCAAAACAUAGAAUCUACACAAUUGUAUUUUUUUAAACUUUCAAUUGUUUUCCAUUUCUGUUCCAACAUUUGCCGCACUAGGCAAACGUUUGGCAAGCUUUGGCUCACUAAAAGCGGAAUUUGUAAUCCAUUAGCUGUCCUUCAUGGAUAUAUUGUAUGUUAUUUGUAUAUUUGUUGUGUGUUAAAAUAAAGGAAUUAUUUAAAA